AUGGUGAACUCGAAGUUGGUUUCUGUUGCAUUCUUGGUUUUACUUUGUGUUGGACUCUCCUCCGCUGCUAGGUCCUUGCUUGCCGCUGGUGGAGGAGGAGGGGGAGGUAGUGGUGAAGGAGGUGGUGGUGGUGGAGGUACAGGAACUGGGUCCGGAUAUGGCUCAGGUUACGGAGAGGGAUAUGGUUCAGGGGAGGGCAUUGGUUAUGGUGGGGCAAAAGGGAAAGGAUAUGCAAAUGGCGGAGGUGGAGGCGGAGGCGGAGGUGGAGGUGGUGGAGGGUCUGGGAAUGGCAGUGGUUAUGGUUCCGGAGGUGGAAGUGGUUCUGGGUAUGGUGCUGGAGAAGCCGUAGGUAGAGGUUCAUAUGCAAGUGGUGGAGGUGGUGGAGGUGGAAGUGGAGGCGGAGGUGGAGGAGGAUCUGGUAAUGGAAAUGGAAGUGGUUCCGGAUACGGUUCUGGUAGUGGCUCAGGAUAUGGAGCAGGAGGUGCCAAUGGUGGAGGCUAUGCCAGUGGUGGAGGAGGUGGAGGUGGACGUGGUGGUGGUGGUGGUUCAGGCAGUGGCUCUGGCUCUGGCUCUGGCUAUGGUUCAGGUUCUGGAUCCGGAUACGGUGGUGGAGUUGGCCAUAGACCAUAG